GUAAUCAGCUUCACUGUGUUGAAAUUUCUUGCAGGCAGUUUUAAACGGAUAGUGACGAGAAACUAAUUCAUCUGACAUCUCUCUUUAAAAUAUUAGUCAAUCCUUGAAAGACAACUACCUUUGCGCAACGUCCACUCUGAAGUGGGAAAUUCCAAGUGUUUAUUUCACUUUCAGUUUCAGCCAAUAAUAAAAAGCUUAGGCCUAUGAGCGACUUGUGGUAAAUUCCCAUUUGAGCAGAGGACGCCUUAAAGAUGGCGUUUGUCCCAAUGAAAGCUCCUGUUUGCCUUAUUGAAAACACUGAAAGUAAUGAGCUGCAUGUCAAUCAAGGUGCUCUUGAGAUACUCCAAGCAAUCCAGCAGCCGGUGGUUGUGGUGGCCAUAGUGGGACUGUACCGCACUGGGAAAUCCUUCCUAAUGAAUAAGCUGGCUGGAAAACACACAGGAUUUCCACUGGGCUCCAGCAUACAGUCUGAAACUAAAGGAAUCUGGAUGUGGUGUGUCCCUCAUCCCAAUAAGCCUAACCACACACUAGUGCUACUGGAUACAGAGGGACUUGGGGAUGUUGAGAAGGGUGAUCAGAAGAAUGACAACUGGAUCUUUGCUCUGGCUGUUCUUUUCAGUAGCAUCCUGGUAUACAACAGCAUGGGAACCAUCAACAACGAGGCUGUGCAGAGCCUGCAGUAUGUCACAGAGAUGUCAAAAUACAUUAAAGUGAAGUCUGAGAAGAAGGACAGUGAUGAUUCUGCUGAAUUUGCACGCUUCUUUCCAUCUUUUGUGUGGGCUGUGCGAGACUUUACCUUAGAGCUUGUGCUAAAUGGGAAGCCCAUUAAACCAGAUGAAUAUCUAGAGAAUUCUCUCAAGCUGAAGCAAGUUGCAGGCAAUUCAAAAGGUAUUGAGAGCUACAAUCUGCCACGUUUAUGUAUCAGGAAUUACUUUCCAACCCGGAGGUGCUUUGUGUUUGAACGUCCAGCAUCAGCGAGCAAAAUGAGGAAAAUGGAAACUCUGACCGAUGCAGAUCUGGACCCUGACUUUGUUAGUCAAACACAGGAUUUUUGCAGGUACAUUCUUGACAAGAACGGUCGUGCAAAGAUCAUCAAGGGUGGAUUUACCAUGACUGGGCAAAUGUUGGGGACCCUUAUUCCAAUUUAUGUAGACACCAUUCGCAGUGGCAGUGUGCCAUGCCUAGACAACGCCAUCAGUGCCCUGGCCCAGAUACAGAAUACAGCUGCAGUACAAUGUGCCAUAUCACAUUACAAGGAGCAAAUGGAGAAGAUGACUGCAGAAUUGUUUGAAUCCCAGAAGAAGCUCUCUGAUGUCCAUGGCCAUUGCGAACGAGAGGCAAUUAAAGUGUUUAUGAGCAAAUCCUUUAAAGAUGAUGACCAACUCUUUCAGGAAGAACUUGGGAAUUCCUUAAAGAAGGAGUAUGAGUCUUACUGUCUGAAACAAGAAGACCGUUCUCGGGAGUAUUGCCUCUCUCUUCUGAAAGAAUUUUGUAAAGAUGUGGAGGCUAAGAUUAAGAAUGGUGUCUACAUGAAACCAGGAGGCUACCAGGAUUACCGCUCAGACCUACAGCACAUUGUCAAGAAAUAUGGAGAAUCCCCCAAAAAAGGCAUGAAGGCUGACAUUGUCCUUCUUGAGUUCUUGAAAGAGAAAGAAGAGAUUGGAGGCUCCAUCCUAAAAGCUGACAAUGCUAUGACCGAACAGGAGAAGCAGAUCCAGAUGGAACAAGUGAAAAAAGAAUCCAUGGAAAGAGAGGCAUCGGCAGCACGUGAGGCUCAGAGGGCACUUGAGCAAAGGCUCGUCGACCAGGAAAAAGCCCAUCAAGAACAUAUGAAUCAGUACAUGGAGAAAAUGGAGCAGGAGCGCCAAGCUGCUAUGGAGGAGCAGAGCAGGCUAAUAGAUUCAAAACUGAGGGAGCAGAAGGAGUUCCUACAGGAGGGAUUCAAUCAGAGAGCAGCAGACCUGAAUCGCCAGAUAGAAGAGCUGAAAAAACGGAAGCCCCCAUCCGGCCCAAGAUGUGUGGUCAUGUAACAGCUGGGCAUAAAAUUUUUCUGCCUAUCAUACUUGUAAAGUUACAUGGCUGCAAGGUGGAAGGCUCUUCAUGACUACUGCUGGAAAGACUGCAGUGGGAAGAUGUCAGCAGUAACUCGGAUCCUGCUUGGGCCAAGAGUCUCCCAUUUUGCUAGCAGUAGUUCUUACUUUAACUGAUAUUGUAUGUUACUUCUUGUCUAAUGAAACUCCUCAGCUAAAUAAUUAUUUUUCCUCCCAGUAUGUGUAUUUAUUUGUAGACUUGAUACUAAGCAAUUUAGAAAACCACAAAGGUUUAAUUAUUCCAUACUUUAUUUGUAGUAUUAGUGAAAAGUGUCAUUCCUGAAAAAUGUAAAUUUAAAAAGAACACCAGAGCUGUAAAUGUGUCUUUUUCUGUAUAUUAUGCAAUAUUGUUUGUCUAGUAAACCAAUAAAAAUAGAUUAUCUUACAAACA